GUCGAUGAGCCUCGGCGGAGUCACCUUCGCCCUGGAGCGGCAGUCCAAAGACCCUCAGUCGGUGGUCUACACCGGCUUAUAUGACACCGAGGGCGUGGCGCACACAAAGAGUGGCGAGAGGCAGCCCCUUCAGAUCAGCAUCCAGUUCAGCGAGGCGGGCACGUUUGAGACGGUGUGGCAGGUGAAAUACUACAACUACAACAAGCGGGAUCACUGCCAGUGGGGCAACAGCUUCAACACCAUCGAGUACGAGUGCAAACCCAACGACACACGUACGCUCAUGUGGGUCAACAAAGAGACCUUCAUUUGACGGAAAGAGACACACACCCACGUACACAGACACACUAGUUUACAUGACAACC